GUGACUGAGGCACAAUUACCUCAAACAAUUAUUAUGGUCAGGGUUAUUCCCAAUUCCUUAUUAACAAUUCAAAUCUAACCACGUUUUCUGUUUUGUGAUUUUCUGAUGUUUUCGACCUCUUCUUCUUGUCUUGAGAAAAAUAAGAGGUCCUUUUUUAACUUAGUGGUGAUCAUUAUUAAUAGAUUAGAAAGAUGGUGUCCGUUGUAAGCUCACAGUUGAUCGAUCAAAAGACUUGUCCACGUUUGUGUGUCUGUGGAGAUUUGAUUUCAAGUGCCAGAAAAAAGGUGCCUCGUUUAGGGUCAAUGGAGUUGAGAAGUUCGUUUCUUGAUUGUUAUUCUCUGAAAGCUCUUUUGGCUUCCAAGAACUUAGGAAAAUAUAUUCACAACAAGAAGAAGAAGAAGAAGAGUUUUGUAAUUGUGGAUGAGCUUGCGGGGAAUUAUGAAGACAACUUUGAGGAUGUUAAAAGACAAAUAGUGGACUAUUUCACAUAUAAAGCUGUGAGGACUGUGUUGCAUCAGCUUUAUGAGAUGAACCCAGUACAAUACAGAUGGUUCUAUGAUUAUGUUGCAUCAAAUGAGAAUGGUUAUGGAAAAGGCUUCAUCCGUGACCUUGUCAAGGAAAAGCAGGAGCUUGCCGAAAGAGUGAUGGUAACUCGGCUUCGUCUAUAUGGAAAAUGGGUUAAGGAAUGUGAUCACACAGAGAUGUACGAAAGAAUCACGGAGCAGAAUCUUGAGUUAAUGCGCGAACGUCUCUUGGAAACUGUGGUGUGGCCGCCUCCAGACAGCUCUAACUUGGACGAGUUGUAGUAUGUCCUCAGAAGCAACAAAAAUCUGGUGUAACUUAAGUACAAGAAAAAUGUUUAGGUAUAUAGGAAUUUAUAGCAAGGGAAUAUCAAGAACAACUACUAAAUAAAGUUUUAAUUGGCUUCCUGUUGUGAAUAAGUAUGAUUAAGUCUGUGAAAACAGUAAGUGGGUUUUAAUUGGCUUCCUGUUGUGCUAAGACUUCGACAGAUUCCAGUAAGGAGAUGAGUUAAUUGUUACAUCAAAAUAUAGUGUUACUUACAAUUUACUAAGAUAAUAAAACACAAUUAAAUUUACAUAAUCC